UACUUUCAGAUUCAGUGUGGAUUGGUGUGUCCUCCCACCUUUCCCCUCAACUUAUCACUUAUUGGUUAUCUGGUUCGUUGCAUCGCUGCACCCUUCAUUUUUGGUGGGGGGCCCCUCCUCAGCCCUGGACCUAGCAUUGUAUCCGGCAUCCUCCGUUUCCCCUAUCAGUGGCUGGGCUGGCUUUCUGAGCUGGCAUAAUUCUCCUAGAGAGGCAAAUACAUAAUCAUUAAACCUGGCAAAAUUCAGCAGGAAGAAGCAGUUGCCACAGAUUUUUCCAUCUAGGACUCCUGAUAUUCCUACUGAUGAGAAAAAAAUGACGCUACAGCCCUCCAUGAUGAAGCAACUUAAAAGAAAGAGGAAAAGUAACUUUAGCGUGCAGGAAACGCAGACCUUACUUACGGAAAUCAAAAAAAGGAGGGAGGUCAUAUUUUCAAAACAGCUGAACACCACAAUCAAUGAGAUGAAGCGCAAGGCCUGGGAAGAAAUUGCUGAAUGUGUAAAUGCACUGGGCGAGGGGGAGCAAAGAACUGGAACGGAGGUCAAAAGAAGAUAUCUAGAUUGGAGGUCCCUCAUAAAAAGAAAGACCCUAAAUUCAGAUGUGAAACUUGGAGGCUCUGGAAUGCACCUUCCAUUAUCUGACUUAGAUUCCAUCAUUGAUGACACCGAUGACAAACCAAGUGUGUUAACCAAUGAUUCCAGUCUGGAGUGGAAAAAUGUCCAAGAUGGAAGCGAUUCAACGGCUGAAAUCAAGGUCGAAGAGGAUGAACAUCAAAAUUUCGAAGGUACUAGCUGGAAAAAGAGAAUGUCACAUCCUUGCUUGGGAAUCCAGUUCAACUCCCGUCAAAAUAGAAUUGUGUAUAAUCAGACGCCUAGCGAUGAGCAGUUUGAGAUGGAAGAGGAUGAAAUGUUGUCUGCAGUCUUACCUGACUCCAGAGAAGAGAAUGAUCUUCCUGAGGAAUUUCCCAGAAUUGAGGAGUUUGGCACCCUGAGUUCUAUAGCCAGAAUCCCGUACAAGGAUUCCCACCUCCUCAUAACACUAGAGAAGCAGAAGCUAGAGCUGGAAAGACAACGAUUAGGCAUCGAAGCUGAAAGGCUCCAAGUGGAAAAAGAAAGACUUCAAAUUGAAAGAGAGCGCUUGAGACACUUAGACAUGGAGCAUGAGAGACUACAGGUUGAAAAAGAACGUCUGCAAAUUGAAAGAGAAAAGCUGAGGCUCCAAGUCAUGCACGCUGAGAAAGCCAACAUGGAGAAUGAUUUUGCUUCAGCGGAAAAAAAUGUUUUGCAGCCCUUGGACAUAGAAGCAGAAAAAUUAAAACUGGAAAGGGAGCACCUGCAGCUAGAAAAGGAGAGGCUUCAGCUCUUAAAAUUUGAAUCUGAGAAGCUUCACAUAGAAAAGGAGCGUCUGCAGGUUGAGAAGGAACGCCUACGAAUUCAAAGAGAAGGGGGGCACCUACAAUAAAAGAGUAAAGUGUCAUAGAGUUA